AUGAAGUUUUCCCAUUGUGUUUCCCUCGCUUCUUUAAUAGCAACCGCUUUCUCAACCCCCAUUCUCAAACGAGAAAUCAACUCAACAGCAUUACAGGAAGAUGUCCCUGACACAUCCAACAAUAACAUUCAAACCGCCUAUGGCAAACCCUUUGCCGUAUAUCAACCAAAAGCUUUCAUCAUCUCCAUGUUUGAACUUGAGAGAGACCCAUGGUUGAAAGCAAUGGAUUUUGUUCACAACAUUACAAUCCCAGGUUUGUCCCCUGUAUACCCAACGAUUCACUGUACUACCAAUUACACCAUUUGUCAAGUGACCACAGGUGAAGGAGAAAUUAAUGCUGCUAGUUCCAUCACUGCUUUGACGUUAAACCCAUUAUUUGAUUUCACCAAGACAUACUUUUUAGUUGCUGGUAUUGCUGGAGGUGAACCGGAAUAUACAACUUUGGGAGGUGUUACAUUUGCAAAAUAUGCAGUUCAAGUUGGGUUGGAAUACCAACUUGCCUAUGAAGACUAUCACCAAACAAAUUCUAACUGGACUUCCGGUUACGUUCCAUACGGCGCCAAAUCGCCACUUGAGUAUCCAGGCAGCGUUUACGGAACUGAAGUAUUUGAAAUAAAUGCUAACUUGAGAGACAGGGCGGUUGCAUUAGCUUCAAACGCUACUUUAAAAAACGGCAAUGAACUAAACAAGAAAUUCAGAAAACUAUACAAUGAGACUGCUGCCCGUGGUGAUGCCAAAGUUGUCAAAUGUGAUGUCUUAACCAGUGACAACUAUUUCACUGGUAAAGUAUUGAAUGAUUAUUUCGGAAACUUGACUAAAUUAUUGACCAAUGGCUCUGCUACUUACUGUUCAACUGCGCAAGAAGACAAUGCUACAUUGGAAGUGUUGACGAGGUUGGACAAAUACGGAUUGCUUGAUUUUGAAAGAGUAAUGGUUAUGAGAACGAUUUCCGAUUUCUCAAGACCACCUGCAUCCAUGAGUGCAUAUGAAUACUUUUUCAAUAGAACCGAUGGUGGAAUACAAUCAAGUUUGGAUAACUUGGUCAUUGCCGGUACUCCUAUCUUGCAAGACAUUUUACACAAUUGGGAGUCUGUGUACGAAAAGGGACAUAAAUAUUCAGCAAAGAAUUAUCAAGGGGACAUUUAUGGGACAUUGGGUGGAACCCCAGAUUUUGGAAAAUCUUCGUUCGAAGUAGCAUAG